AUGUGGGCAAAUGAUCCUCUUUCUCCACACAGUUUGCAGUCUGGUGAUUCAUUUUUUGUUUUGACUGCCUUGCUACUCUGUGACUCAGAGGCGUGGUGGUUAGUCGGGAAAAAUGGCAACGACAGGAAAUGUCCUGCAAGAAGCGGAGCAAGUCCGUAUUACUUUGGUACCACAAAUCUUUGGUGCAUGAAGAAAGGUAGACGUGGCAUUCCAACACGGGGAAUCUGGGAAUUGACUCAUCGGUUUAUCUACUAUAAAGGAUUAUAUUUCGAAUUUUCGAGCGACUCAAAUGCCCACGUUUCACCAAAUCGUCUUCUUGGAUACAAAUGUCGAGGCGGAAGGGAGAGUUCGCCUGCUGGUUACAGUGAGGUAGACGUCGAGUGUCUAAAGGGUUGCGCACGGAACUACAGAUGUAGGUUCGGAAGUUACAAUCUAUUAAGCAACAACUGCCACAAGUUUGCAAAUCGCCUCUCUGAGGUAAUGUGCAAGAGAGGAAGUGCCUGUCCUAGCUGGUGUUUGGGUAGUUGUAAUAAUGCCGUGAUCAGUGGAUAAAU